CACACCCAAAGCAAGGAGUCCAAGACAUUCCAAUUCACGCUUCACCUCUUCUUAGAACCGCUUCGGAUUCGCUAUCUUCGCUCUAAGGAUAUCGGGUGAUUCAUCUGAACUUGUUCAUUUCACUUCCAAGGAGUACGGCCCCCUCAAAUGACACAAGAUCAAGGCUCAAUAUACCAAAUACAAUUCGUUUUUCUCUUUGGUUGAGAAUUACAAUCAAGAUAGAAGUGACAACAUGAUAUCAAGAUAGAUGUUGCUGAUUAGAGGAAGAUUUUAAGAUAUCAUUGUCAUAAAAACAUGUUUAGUAUUAUUUAUUAUUAUUUCAAAAGUCUAUUAUAUUACUGUAUGUGAACCUUUGAUUGUUUGGAAUUAUGGGGAUGGUGAUGGUGAUUUGCCUGGAGAUUGCAACGUCGAUGUGCGAUGAUGUCGAUGGUGGAGAGACGACGGAGAGAGAUAGUGGUGGAGAGACGAAGGAGGUCGGUAGUGAUGGAGAGAUGACAGAGGUCGACGAUGGUAGUGGAGAGAUGACGAAGGGUGAUAAUGAUGGAGAGACGACGAAGGUCGCCGAUGGUGGUGGAGAGAGGACGAGGUCAACAAUGGAAGAUGAAGAUGUUAGAGAUGAAGGAUGGACUGUCAAUUUGGUGGAGGCGACGAGAAAUAAAAGGAUAUAAAUUGACUUCUCGAAAUUUUUUCCGGAAGACAAAUUCCGAUUUUGGAACCCCAUUUUCCUUUGACUGCAAGUCAUUUUCUCCGGAAAACAGACCCUUAAAUAAAACAAACUUUAAGAGCCCGUUCUUUAGAGCUUUAACUCUUAACUU